AUGUCAGAGGAUAACAUGGUCGUCAUUGUAACUGGAGCGAACCGAGGCAUUGGUCUUGCCAUCUGCGAACUCAUCUUGAAGACCAACCAGAAUGUCAAGCUGUAUGCAGCUUCCCGUGCGGGAGCCGACCUUGGGCUCAAAAGUGCUGGUUCUGGAUCAAUCAAAUACCCCAAGCUGGACGUAACCAAAGACCAAGACAUCAAGCAGCUGGCAGAAGACAUCAAACGCGAAGAUGGUCAAGUCAGCGUACUAAUAAACAAUGCUGGUAUCAACACGUACCCAGAACAUACUCCUGAUAGCGUGAAGCAAAUGCUCGAUGUCAACUAUCGUGGAAUAUACAAGAUGUGUAAGGCCUUCAUUCCUUUGCUUUCGCAAUCAGGUCGUAUUGUCAACAUGUCGUCUGUGGGUUCGCAGUUGAAGAUCUACAGCCAGCACAACGCAGCUCGUUUCAGAAACACAGGGUCGUACGAGGAUGUCGAAAAGAUUGCCCAAGACUACAUGCAAGCUGUCAAGGAGAAGAACGAGCUAAACUCGGGAUUUGGCGACAAGGGUCAAGGCUACAGCGUCAGCAAAGCAUGUGUCAACGCAAUCACUGCUAUACUCGCGCGUGAGAAUUCAGGACUGACCAUCAACGCAUGUUGUCCCGGCUGGGUGGAUACUGACAUGGGAGGUAUUAUGGGAAAGCCACCUAAGNNGCGCCCACUUGGGUUUGGCGAUAUUUCUGGCACAACUGGACGCUAUUGGGCCAAUCCUGGAAUCUCGGACAAGGAUGAUGGUCAAGUCAUGGCUUGGUAA